GAAGGACGUUUCCCUGCAGGCUGCUUCAUGCACGACACACCAAGCAGGGAGAGAAAAAAAGAAAGAGGGGGAAGAAAGGAAGCUGAGCGGAAAUGCAUUCUGUUCCUCCCUCGGUCCCGUAGCUAUCAUCUCUUCUGCGGGUAUUUACACACACAGCAACCCGUUUCGAGCACGAACACCGGGCUGUGAGCGGCUCUCUGUGGUGGAAUCUGGUCCCGGAAUGAACCAACAACUCGGCUGAACCGGCGGAUCAUGGCUUCGGUGCGGGUUGUCGGUAAAGUUACGGCGGGACUUUUGGGAAGUGUUCCGGCUCUUCGCUGCGGUGUCAGACACACUACAUUCCUCCACCAGGUUCAACAUAGACGGCCUCCGCUUGGAAACCAUCCGGCUCUUUUCUACAGUACACUUGUUCCCUCCGGUGAUGUGUCUUUGAAGUACAAAUAUGGCCGUUUGGUCCUGGAGGUCCCGCUGCCAUCCAGGAACGAGAACUGCCUUUUCUUCCUCAGGCCCAUGCUGAUGAGCGUCGGGGACCUGAUCGAUGAUCUGCAGAGAGAGGACCCAGGAGCCACCGCUUCAGUUUUCUCCAAAGAAGGAGAACGUGUUGCCAACACUACUCUGAUAGACACUCUGCUGGACAAGGACUUCCAGCUCGUCAUCAACGAUGCAGUUUAUAACGUCUCCUCUCCUGAAAAGGUCUGUACAUCCAGUGAACACGCCAGAGACCUGGAGGACAUGAAGCAUGUGGUGCACCUGCUGCACACUGCUCUCCACCUGCCCGAACACCACCUGCUGACGGAGAGGCAGCUGCUGGAGAAGCUGGACAACCUCAAACAGGAGCUUUCACCUAUGGAGAAGAUGAAGGCACAGCUGUCACGUACAGCUGAGUUCCACGCCUCCAGGACUCUCUGGACCGGCAUGGCCCUGCUAUCCGUGCAGGGCGGCGCUCUGGCCUGGCUCACCUGGUGGGUCUAUUCGUGGGACGUCAUGGAGCCCGUCACCUAUUUCAUCACCUACGCCACCAGCAUGGGAGCUUUCGCCUAUUAUGUCCUCACCAAACAGGAUUAUGUAUACCCAGACGCUAAAGACAGACAGUUCUUGCGUUACUUUUAUAAGGGGGCCAGCAAGAAGAAAUUCAACGUGACGAAAUACAACGAACUGAAGGAUGAACUGGCUCAGGUGGAGGAGGACCUGAGACGUCUGAAAUAUCCGACUCAGCUCCAGCUACCACUUGAACAGAUUCAGCCAAAGCCAUAGAAGAAGCCAAGCCAUGAAUAACAGCCACUCACACUUUACUAGAGCAAAAACUAAUUUUCUGCUUUGUUUUGAUAAUGGCACCUUUUUAUCAGGAAUCCAUAUUAUUCUGAGUUUUGUUUACUACCUUUAUAAUGAUGCCAAUUGUAUCCUAGAGAAAUAUACAAACUCUGAUGAUCAUGAUCAAAAUUAAAAAGUAUUUCCCCAAA